AUGGCAGCAACUACUACCAAGAAGCGCCCCGCAAAAUCACAAUCCGGCCCAGCACCCAAGAAAGUUAAAAAAACAGAUAUUGCUACCGGGAAGCCAGAUACGAAUACAACAAAAAAGGCUAAACGCAGCAUACCUGUUACUCUCACAACCUCACCUCCGAACGACAGUGAAAACACUGACGAUGAAGAUGACUGGGAGGAUGCGGAGGACGAUGUCGAUUUUGAUGGCCAAGCCGUAGACGAUGACAAUGCCAUGCAGGUCGAUUCCGGAGAAGGCAAAACAUCCGCCCGUGAAAGCCACAUUGCCCAGAAAGUAUUACAACAAUCUCGAAAAGCUGCGAAACCGCAUUCGGAUUUGAUCUCGGAGGCCAAGAGGGUAUGGGCAUUAGCAAGAAGUCAGUCGAUAAGUGCCAAUGAACGGAAGAAACACAUAACUGAAUUGAUGAAUGUCGUUCGAGGAAAGGUGAAAUUGAUCGUAUUCAAACAUGAUGCUUCACGUAUCAUCCAAACACUUGUCAAGUACGGCGGUAAAGCAGAGAGAGAGGAAAUCUGUGAAGAAUUGAAAGGAAGUUAUGCAGAUUCAGCGAAGAACCGGUAUGCCAAGUUCCUCCUUCUGAAACUUAUACGACUCCUUCCUUCCCAUCGGGCGGACAUCCUAUCAUCUUUUCACGGACAUGUACUUUCUCGUUCUCGUCUACUUCUGCACAGAGAAGCCAGCGGGGUAUUGGCUGACGCAUUUGAAUUAUAUGCGAACGGUGCGCAAAGAGCUGAAUUGGUGAAGGAAUUCUACGGGAAGGAAGUAGCAUUGUUCUCGCAAAAGCAGGAACAGGACGAUAAAGGAAAAAGUCCAAAGGGUUUGAUUGGCGUCCUUGAAACUAUGGGUAGCGACAAGGAGAAAAAGGCUAGAGUUUUAGCGGCUGUGAAAGAAAAUUUGAUUUCUAUUUUCAAUAAUCCAGACAAAGGCGCUGUCCGACACGCCAUCGUACACUGCGCGACAUGGGAAUACCUGGAUGUUCUCGGAAGAACGCAAGAUUCUGACGAGGAUGCUGCGAAAGAGGCGGAGAAGCUACGGAGGGACUUGUUUGAAAAUUGCGCCGAACUUCUUCCUGAAAUGGUACACACUAAGGAUGGCUCUCGGGUCGCAAGGGAGUUUUUGGCGAGGGGGAAUGCGAAGGACCGUAAAACGAUCCUUAAAACCCUAAAACCUCACAUUGAGAGGAUGUGCUUGGAUGACGAAGCGCAAAUGGUGCUUUUCACCGCAAUUGAUGUCAUUGAUGACACCAAACUCCUUCAAAAAAGUGUCGCUUCAAUCAUCACAACUCCAAACACGCUAAAUACCCUUGUGAAGUCUCCUCAAGGCCGACGAGCGAUCAUCUAUCUGCUCAUUCCACGGAGUAGAAGAUAUUUCACGAUAGCACAGAUACGCGCACUCGGGGACACUGAUAAUGCCAGAGACGGAGUUGGCUCAACGAAACAAGGUAACGGGGAAAGUGCAAUGACGACAGGAGACGGGACAAGUAAAAAAUCACCUGAAGUUCGCCAAGAGGAGGUUCGCCGUGGAGCGAGCGAGGCGCUUUUGACUUGGGUUGAGGAACAUGGUGCAGAGCUCGCAAGAGAAGCUGCUGAGAGUCUGAUAAUCGCAGAUAUCAUGCUCCAUGCUGAAGGGGAUAAAUCAUCCGCAUCCCAAGCUCUCCUCCGAGGCCUUACUACACCGUACCCUGCCUCUUCCACCUCAUCAGCGAGUUCUCCUUCAUCUUUAUCGACUCCUGUUCAUCCCCUUGACCUACCACAUACUUCCCGCUUAUACAAAAAUCUCCUCCAAGGCGGGCAUUUCAAUCACAGCCUCAGAACAGUAGAGAUAAGUCCAAGAUGGGACUCUACAACCUUUGCUGUGGAAUUCGUCAAAAUAGUCGGCGGUGACGAUGGUGCUGUCAUAAAGGAUAUGUGCACCAAGGGCGAACGAAACGGAAGUUUUGUUGUCGCGCAACUGUGUGAAGCACUCGUUCGAGAAGAUGCUUCUUCCACUCAGGAAGUGAAGGAUUCGAGAGAGAAGUUGAAACGGUGGCUGUCUACGUCUGAGACGCUUAAGGCGAUUGAGGAAGGAGAGAAGGAUGGUGCAAAGGGAACCAAGGUGCUCUUAGAUGGGAUCGGGAAACUCUGA